UAACACCCAUCUCUGCUGAAGGAGCGGAGGGGCAGAGCGGAGGGACCCCGGUCGUUUUUCAAUGCUGGGGAGCCGGGAAGCAGGACCCGCCGGAGGUGGGCAGGUGGCCGCGGCCGGCGGACCGCCAAGCCGGGAUCAGGAGACCCUUCCCGGCCGCGCAGGGUGUCGCCUCACCGGCCUGGUCAGCUGGAGGCGGAGACCAUGCAGGACUUCAGCCCUGUUUGCUGCAGCCAACGCGAUGUUCGGGUUUGUGGCCUUUGACUCGUUUCGGGCCUACACCCUCCUGGCUUUCCUCCUGGCCCUGCUGGUCAUCACGGUCACCACCCGAGAUGUAAUUCGGUCCAGAUCCGCAGGAGCCCAGUUAUGGCACAGCAUGACAACAAGCUGGGAGAUCAUUGAUUCAGGCCAGGACAGCCGGACUGGGGUUGGACCUCAGCUUACUGACUCCCUCAGACUCUUCCUGCAAGAGACAUCAGCUUUCAAAAAGCAAAACCCAGGCAAGUUUUGCCUGCUGGUUUGCAGUGUGUGCACUUUCUUUGCUGUCUUAGGACGCUACAUUCCAGGGAUCGUUAUCUCGUAUAUUCUAGGUGAGUCCUCAAAGAUUUUGCUGGGUGUCUUUCUGUGGCCUCUGAUUUCAUCUCAUGACAUCAGCUCGUGGCUGGAGCCAGUUCUGCAGAAGCUGGACUUUGGCAUCGGCGAGUUUUUUCAGAAAAUCAAAGAGAACCACGAAAAGCGACUCCUGCAGGCUCAGAAUGAGAAAGAAGGCAUUGAGUCAGACCUCUCCUCUAUGUUUCCAAAGCUCGACUCCACAGUGUGUAAAGAGAUGUCUGUCUCGGACACAGAGGUGUCAGAUGUCACAUGGACAGACAAUGGUACUUUCAACCUGUCAGAGGGACACACACCACAGACUGAGAACUCAGAGGACUUUGACAGAGAAGAACCGUUCAUUGGUGGCCUACCUGAAUUCCCUUCACUUGAUAAUGGCAUGACCACCAAUGGCGACGACGACGACGACCUCAGCCUCGGCCUUGCUUCACCUCCAACUCGGCUCCAGGAUCCAAUCAAAUCCAAGCACGAACCUCAAGACCAGUCCACCAAUGCCCUCGAUUUGGUCAACCAGAUGGCAGGUGAAGUUAUCACCACUGCAGUCACAGCUGCCAUCCAGGAGAGAAUAGAAGCAGCAGUCAGCUUCAUGACGCCAACUGAAGACCCCAAGUGGGCGGGACUCACAGAAUCGAGCAGGCUGCUGGAGCUGACCGAGGAGUCGGACAGCGAGGUGGAGGACUUUGAGCUGCUGGACCAGUCAGAGUUGGAGCAAUUGGAGGGGGAGCUUGGCCUCGGAGAGAAGGCCAAAGCCAAAGAAGAGGUGCAGACCGACAGUCCCGCCUCUUCUGGCUUCUUGUCCAAACUCCUUAAACGCCACUGA